AUGGAUAUCUUUGUUGAUGAGACCCAAAAAAAUCGCAGAUAUGAGAAAGUUUGCCACCUUGGCGAGGGCCAAUUCGCAAAUGUGUUCCUGGCACGCGACUUGCAAAGAGGUGGUUGUCUCGUCAAAGCUGGUCCACGCUGGGUCCUGGCAGAUGGGAUGAACCUCUCAGCUAUACGCGAGGUCAAACUCCUGCGCGAAAUUGAGCAUCCAAACAUUAUGAGUCUCCAGGACGUCUUCAGUCAGGAUUCUGGAAUCUGUUUAGUGUUUGAGUUUAUGGAAUCUGAUCUGGAGGCUGUCAUUCAGGACUCUAGUGUUGUAUUGACCCCAGCCAAUAUUAAGUCAUUGAGCCUUCAACUACUGAAAGGAGUCGAGUACCUACACGCCCAGUGGAUUCUGCACCGUGAUCUAAAACCAAAUAACCUCUUUCUGAGCCCACAAGGAGUUGUCAAGAUAGGAGAUUUCGGUCUUGCCCGGCACUUUGCAGCCUCCCCAGGUAGGCCGAUGACCCACCAAGUAGCCACCCGUUGGUACCGUGCGCCUGAGCUCAUCUACGGCUGCACACGCUACGGGGUUGGUAUCGAUUUGUGGGCUGUUGGCUGCAUCAUCGCUGAGUUUCUGCUCCGCGUGCCGCUCUUCACAGCCGACUGUGAUUUUUCUCAGCUUGACAAAAUUUUCGAGAUAACGGGCACUCCAGAUGAGAAUAUGUGGCCAGACGUGGCUCGCUUGAACGGCUACUGUUCAUUCAAGCCACGUCCGCCGGUGCCGUUCUCACAAAUAUUCACGGCAGCAGGAGACGACCUGAUAUUACUGCUCUAUACUCUGCUUUCGCUGGAUCCUGACCAACGGGGCACUGCCACAUCAGCGCUGGCGUCGACCUACUUCCGCAACCGACCUGCACCCACGCCCGAGUCGCAGCUGCCGCGACCGAAGUUGAAUCAUUCGGUGGCGGGCACGCUGCAGCAUCGGCAACGCCAGGGUGUUGCGCCCAUCGACCCUGCUUCCUUCUUCGACGCCGCCGACCUCCCGCCUACACCACUCCCCAAACGCAGAAGGGAAUCAUAA